GUUGGGGAGAUCGGCUGACUGUUAACGGUAUCGGGUUUUGCCUGCGUCGCUUUAUACUAGAAUCCCCUUCCUCGCUCCUAGGAUCCUAGAGGUGGUGUGGGGGCUGCGGGGGGAGAUUUGGUUCAUAUUCUUCCUUCGCCUGGUAAGACGACAACUCCUCGUCUUGCAGAAUUUCUACGCUGAGACUGUUUUUCUCAGAAUACGCAUUCAGCACCUGUUAGCUGUGUUGUUGUGCCAUGCGUGGCGGAACAAGAUGCUGCUGUAGUUAUUUUAUCUCCAUGCAGUAGUUCGGGUUUCACUGGAUUGGUGGAGGCAAAUGCCAUUCAACACUCUCUCCCAACGUGCAUGGGUCGCGGUAUAAACAGCAUAGCCGUCGCACAUUCCAGCGGGUCUAAAUAUAUCUAUUAAGGCCACAGGAGGGGGAGGACCUGUGUAGGGAGUUUAUACUGGGACAUUUCACUGUCCUGGUGAGCUCGCACCACUUGUAUUAUCUUCCGGAGAUUGACAGUCAGUUGUUGCACCCACAAAGGAGAACUUGGCCCUAUCCAAACAUGCCCUCCGGUUACAAUGUGAGAUCCAGGGCGCGGGAGAGAAACAGCGUCCUGGGCAGACCUGAGUUCAUGUCCCUGAACCAACAGGCCGUCCGCGGUGGCGGCGGCGAGAGCCGAGGCAGCGCAAAGCGACCGGGUCAAAUCAAGCACCAGACAAGCCUGCCGAGUGAAGAACCUACCGAUAGUGGCAGCAAGGACAGGAGAGAGCCCAGCAAAAUGCCAGAGGAAGACUGUAUGCAGCUCAACCCUUCAUUCAAGGGGAUAGCGAUGAACUCCCUCCUCGCCAUUGACAUCUGUCUGUCCAAGCGCAUCGGCGUGUGCGCCUAUACGUCGUCCUCCUGGGGAGGCUGCCGCUCCAUGGUCGCCCUGUUAGCGCUCACAGGCCAUGGCAUCACGUGGAUCAUUGGCACUAUUGUGUGUCUCACGAGGAGUAACACUCUGGCUGGCCAAGAGGUGCUGGUCAACCUGCUGCUUGCCCUCAUUGUUGACGUCAUGACUGUGGCUGGAGUCCAGAGACUGGUCAAGCGCAAAGGACCCUGGGAGAUGACGCCAGGCUUCCUUGACUGCGUCGCUAUGGACAUCUACUCCUUCCCUGCCGCUCAUGCCAGCCGGGCCGCCAUGGUUUCCAAGUUCCUGCUGUCCCACCUGGUCCUGGCUGUGCCGCUCCGCAUCCUGUUGGUGCUGUGGGCCUUCCUGGUGGGCAUGUCCCGGGUGCUGCUGGGGAAACAUCACCUAACUGAUAUGGUGUGUGGCUUUGCGCUGGGCUUUCUCCACUUUAGCUUGAUGGAGACAGUGUGGCUGUCAUCGAGCACCUGUCAGACUCUUAUUUCAAUAAGCACGCUCAGCUGGAGCCCCUUUUUCUGAGCUUUUGAUAUAAGACUAAGCUAGCGCACAAGGCUAAUUUGAUACACCAACCUCGCGAUAAGGUCCAUAGUUCUUAUUGCAGGUUGUGAACAGAGAAGCAUAACUAUUUGGAAUCAGGUGCUGGCUUGCAUGUAACGCCCAAGACAUGCAGGACCUUCAUAAUGCUUCACAAACCCUAGUAUCGUCCGUCAAAUCCACUAAGACACACCAUCUGCUGCUCCUUAAUUUCAAAGAAGUGCUAAUAGUAAACGGAAAAUUAAGACAACUGCAAACUGACACUGAUUUGGUAAAAAAUGUACAUGUUGGAUAAAACUUUUGCAUUUGUUUAAUACAGUAUGAACACUGGUACCAUUCAUCCAUAACUGAACCGCUUUCUGUUUAUCAACUAUAAAUAGUUUCUGCACCUCCUCCACCUUACCACCAUACUUCCUUUUACGCCCCCCACAUCUCUGUUACCUCUUCCUCUUUUCUCAAAUUUUGUUUCUUAACAUCUGUGCUUUUAUUUUGGGAUUGCAAAAUACUUAAACCAUGUUGAACACUGAAUAGAGUUUGGUGUAUGGCUCUAAUAUUGGAUGUCGCACUAUAUACAGUGAUUCCAUGCUGUUCCUAAUUGGCAUGCCUGAUACGUUUGAAUAUUUCUGAUGGGAUUCCAUUCUUUUUACUGUAUGUUUUCAAAUAUGAACUUUUUUUUGAUGCCACUGAAUUUAGCUGCUUGUGUUAAAUGUCACACUUGUGUUACACACACAGAAUUUACUGUUUUUCUAAUGGGGUCAUAUAUUUUACUUCAACAAACCCUUUGUGCUUAAUGAGUUAAAAUCUUUUAUUUUGUAGCAGAUAUUUCUCUUUCAGCUCUUUCAUUUCAGGCAGCUGUGGUCUGCACAUUAGCCUAAUAGGCUUGGCAUAUGAAGUAUCUAUUUGAAAUAUCGCUUUUUAACUAGUUAUACCUUUUUUAAUGUGUUUUUUAUGGACCUUUGAAUGAUAUCUGCUGUUUUUUCCCAUAAAUAUGUCACUGCGUUGGUUUCGUGCGUAAAUACAGUUUUGUGUGCGUUAAUUUGCUUUGUUCUGUACAGGGAUCUGUAUAUUAUGUUUUUACUUUGUUUCUCCAUCUCAUUAAUAAAAUGAGGUGGGCUGUCAGUAAAAUGUGGAUGGCUUUGUUUUUUAUUAUUUUUAUCUGUGAAAAUAAAGAUGCCCAUAAUAGCCAGAA